GCAGGCAUGGGAGCUGAGCGCGCCUUCCCGGCGCCCACACCUGUCUGAGCGGCGCCGCGAACCCCGGCCGCAGAGGGCAGUUGGGCGCGAGUGGUGCUCAGCAUGGCGGGGAUUCCAGGGCUCCUCCUCCUCCUCCUCGUCCUCCUCCUCCUCCUCUGUGCUGUCGGGCAGGGGAGCCCCACCGGUGCCCACUGGAAACCCACCUGGCCUGCUUACCGCCUCCCUGUCAUCCUGCCCCAGUCCACUCUCCACUUAGCCAAACCAGACUUCGGGGCCAAGGCCAAACUGGAAGUGUCCUCGUCAUGUGGACCCCAGUGUCAUAAGGGAACCCCGCUGCCCACUUACGAAGAGGUCAAGCAGUACCUGUCUUACGAGACGCUCUAUGCCAAUGGCAGCCGCACAGAGACACGGGUGGGCAUUUAUGUCCUCAGCAGUGGUGGAGGCGAGUCCGCGGGCAAGUCUCGGAGGAAGCGGCAGAUUUAUGGCUACGACAGCAGGUUCAGCAUUUUCGGGAAGGACUUCCUGCUCAACUACCCCUUCUCGACCUCGGUGAAGCUAUCCACAGGCUGCACGGGCACGCUGGUGUCGGAGAAGCACGUCCUCACAGCUGCCCACUGCAUACACGACGGGAAAACCUACGUGAAAGGAACCCAGAAACUCCGCGUGGGCUUCCUGAAGCCCAAGUUUAAAGACGGUGGCCGAGGGGCCAACAGCUCCAGCGCAGCCGUGCCCGAGAAGAUGAAGUUCCAGUGGAUCCGAGUGAAACGCACCCAUGUGCCCAAAGGCUGGAUCAAGGGCAAUGCCAAUGACAUCGGCAUGGAUUAUGACUAUGCCCUCCUGGAACUCAAAAAACUCCACAAGAGGAAGUUCAUGAAGAUUGGGGUAAGCCCUCCUGCCAAGCAGCUGCCAGGUGGCAGAAUCCACUUCUCUGGCUACGACAACGACCGGCUGGGCAAUUUGGUGUACCGCUUCUGUGACGUCAAGGAUGAGACCUAUGACCUGCUCUACCAGCAGUGUGACGCCCAGCCCGGGGCCAGCGGGUCGGGGGUCUACGUGAGGAUGUGGAAGAGACAGCAGCAAAAGUGGGAGCGAAAAAUUAUUGGCAUCUUUUCAGGGCACCAGUGGGUAGACAUGAAUGGUUCUCCCCAGGAUUUCAACGUAGCUGUUAGAAUCACCCCUCUGAAGUAUGCCCAGAUCUGCUAUUGGAUUAAAGGGAACUACCUGGAUUGCAGGGAGGGCUGACACAGGAACCCUUCCUCGGCACUUAAAGGUCUUCACAUAUUUUAGGAGAGGCCAAAUUUUGUCAUUGGGGUGUGUGUGUGCGCGUGCGUGUGUAAUGUGUCAUAACAUCUUUUACACAACUUGUUUAAAUGGCAAGAUGACUGGCAUUAUUUGAAAAUGGGUUUGUGUAUCGUAUCAUGUAAACCGGUUGAAGGCAUACUUUUGCGUAGAGAUGAAAAGCAUACUGAUGUUUGGGGCAGUAGGGACUCUAGAGAUUAAGUUAAUCAAUCUUUCACUUUUGGAGAACUUUGAUUUUUAUUUCAUCUGAACUUGUUUCAAGGGUUUAUAUUAAAUGUGUGGCAUACAGGA